CUGGCCGUGCCUGUUCUCGCCGGUGGCUGGCGGCGGCUGCGGGGCCCGUGGUGCCCGGCGUUGCGGGCAGGGUGGCCACGGCGGCCGCGCCCGCGGCGACGGCGGCGGCUGCCCCGGCCGCGCUGCCUGGCGUUGCCCCUGGCCCUGUGGCGGGCGGCCGCGGCGCCCCAGGGGCCGCGCUCGGGGGUCAGGCCGGCGGUGCCGCUGGAGGCGCGCCCGCGUCGGCGCCAGCCGCUGCCGCGACGGCGGCCGCCAGCGCCCCUGCCGCCCCCGGGGCUGAGGGGGCUCUCGUGGCACCUGCAGGCCCCGCCGCGCUCCCCGCGGCGCUGGCCGCGCCGGGGGCUGCCGCGGCCCCCGCCGCUGGCCCCCUCGCUGAGGGGCCCGCGCCCGCGGGCUUGAGGGCGGGGCCGCCGCCCGCCAGCCCCGGCGGCGACGCCCACAUGUUCGAUAUCGUGAGGGAUGCACGAGGUGUCUUGCGCGCGGAUUUCCGCGGCAUGGUGGUGCUGAUGGUCGGGGUCCCAGGGCCUGAGCGGUCAGUGCGCGGGCCUCGCGCGCUGCUGAGGGUGAUGCAGCAUAUGGCGCAGUGGUCGGUGACUCCGACGGCUCAUCACCAGCUGUGGCUGGCAAAGAUGGGGCUUCGCCCAGAGUCCCACGUCGUGGAGAUCUACCAGAUCGGGUGCAUGGUCAUUGAGUCGGCCGUCGCCUACGACCCAGUGCACGUCGCGAACUUGGGGCACUUGGAGCUCGCGGCUCGUUCGGCGCAGGCGCAGGAGGAGCUGCGGCGGGAGAUGGCAGCGGCCAGCCGGGUGCAGGGCGCUGGAGGGGGCGACGGGGCGGCCGCGGCGGCCGGGGCGCCUCGCCCAUCGCCGCCCGGGCCAAUGCCUGACCUGCCCCGGGGCGGAUGGCCCGGCCGGCCGCCGCCCCUGCCCCGCUCGGCCAUCGCGGGUCCUGUCACCAGUGCGACCCGUUCCCCUGGCGACGCUGGGCCCCGUCCGCCGGACGAGGACCGACAUCGAGAUCUCUCCCCCCUGCCUCUGCUGGCUGCUGCGGACGUGGCGCCUGGGUCGUCGGGGACUCGGCGGCGAACUCGAGCCUGUCACGCCUUCGCGCGCGCGCUCGGUCGUGCCGGCGCCGCCGUGCACGCCUUGAAUUACCUCUACGGCGACCAGUCCUCGCCCGCGCCGACGCCGUUUGCCGGGCAGCGCUGUGCCGCCGCUCGCAUCUGGGACUCCAUCGUCGCCCUCGGCCCUGAGCCGGAGGCGUGCCGUGACGACGUCUCAGACCCCAACGGGGCCCUCCGGGAGCUCCUUGCUGGGUCCGCGCUGUGCCCUGACGGCGGCGGGCCUACUACUCCCUACGUGCCAGACCUUGUCUCCUGGCCAGACGUGUCGCAGCCCCCCGCGCCGCUCCUUGGGCUGCUGGGAGAGCGAGACUCCGCCGCGCUGCGGGAGUGGAGGUGCCAAAUGCUUCGUGGGCAUGGGGAGGCGCGGCAGCUUUGGGCGGUGGCCUGCCCGCAGGGCCCGUGCACGGAUCCUGCUCUGCUCCGCUCGCCGCUGGACUACGCAGCUUUCCUCGGAGCAAUGGUGGUGGUGCUGCCGAUGGGGUUCAGCUCCUACGGCCAGCCCGGCUGCCAGCCCCACGGCCAGCCUGACGGCCAGCCCCGCGGCCAGUCCCACGUCCCAACGGCCAGCCUGACCUCCAGCCUCGCGGCCGGCCCCACGGUCAGCCGGACGGCCAGCCCGACCGACGGCCCUGCGGCCCUCCACUGCCAGCCCGACCGACGGCCCCACGGCCAGCCCGACUGUCAGUCCCACGACCAGCCCCGCGGCCAGCCCUACGGCCAGUCCCACGGCUGGCCCCGCGGCCAGCCCGACGGCCUGCCCCGCGGCCAGGGGGAAGACAGAGAGGAGACCGUCGAGGAGACCGUCGAGGGAGCGGCGGAGGAGUCCCUGGAGGAGAAGUGUGAGGACGUGGAGAGCGAGAGCAUCCCGGGGGACGACCUGGGCAUAACGGUGGAAAGCGACAACGGGACCUGGGAGGACGAGCAUGCGACCAGCGCGCUGCAGGCCCCGCCCGCUGCAAACAUGGAUGCGCCGCCUCGGCGGGCGGGCUCUGCCCGCGAGAUCACCCCUGCACCGGCGUCGCCUUCGACGGACCGUGCGGGGCCGCGGGGCGACGGGGGUCCCCGGCCGUCGCCCGCCGCUGACUCCUCCAGCCGAUGGCGACCCAGUGUCCGAACUGCGCUGGCCCUGCCGCCCCCGUGCGUGCUGCCUGCCCGCGGAGACGGGGUGGGCCUGAGCGCAUCGCUCGCUGUGCCCUCGCUUCCCGAUGCGAACGGGUCUCUUGCGAGCGCAGACUUGGGCGCGGGCCAAGCAGCGGAGCAGUCGCCUGGCGAGUCUACCUCGGGGGCCGGGGUGCUCGUGGACGACCCGCCGGCCCUCGUGGAGCGGGUCAAGCCUGGCGUCCUCCGCCGCUUCCCAGCGCUCAUGGGGAAACGCCCAGACUGCCGCGACUAUUUCGAACUGGCCCUCAUCACGAUGAGCCGCCGUUUUCUAAUCGAGCGCGUUCGGGGCGUCAUUCGCUCGUCCCCGGAUAGCCUUGCACAGUGGGAGAUGCGCGCUAUCGACUACGAGAAACCUGGCAGAGGCAGAGCCCAGCCCUACAUUGCACCCGUGCACGUCAUCGUCGCUUUCAUGCGUGCUCGCGCCGGGCACGAGAGGACGUCGGUCUACGUUCCCGUGGGCGCGGCAGCGCCUUGGGGCUCCCACCUACGCUGA